AUGCUCUCGACAAUCCGCACUAUACUGCCUGCUUUACGACCUUUACAGCAAAUGAAUCCCAUCAUAGCAGUUCUCGGUGCCACAGGCACCGGCAAGUCAAAGCUUGCAGUGGAAUUAGCCUCUCGGUUCAAUGGUGAAAUCAUCAAUGGCGACGCGAUGCAAAUGUAUCGCGGGCUUCCCAUCAUCACAAACCAGAUCCCAGUCGAGGAACGGAACGGAAUCCCCCACCACCUCCUGAGCUGUAUCGACCUAGACGCGGAGGCAUGGCGCGUAGGUCUGUUCAAGCGCGAAGCUCUCCGACUUGUGGACGACAUCUGGUCACGGGGAAAGGUCCCCAUCCUUGUCGGAGGUACACACUAUUACACGCAAGCGGUAUUGUUUCGAGACCAGCUCGUGGGCGAGGGGGUGGACGAUGAAGCCGAGCGCGAGCAGCUCACUGAAUUUAGCUCCACGGCAAAGAAAUGGCCGAUCCUCGACGAGGCACCUGAAAUUCUUUUGGAGAAAUUGCGAGAGGUGGAUCCUGUGAUGGCUGCCCGUUGGCACCCCAAGGAUGGGCGCAAGAUCCGUCGGUCGUUGGAGAUCUUUUUCCAGACUGGACGGCCGGCCUCAGAAAUUUACAAAGAACAGAUGGUGCAGAAGAGGGAGGCUCUGAGUCAGGACGAAGGUCUUUUGCGAUUCCCCAACACAUUGGUGUUCUGGGUCCACGCGGAGAAGGAAAUUCUCAACUCGCGUCUGGAUUCUCGAGUCGAUGAUAUGAUCGAGCAGGGCUUGAUGGCUGAGGCACAGAAGAUGUCGGACUAUCUACAGGAGAAAUCGGCACAGGGCGUCGAGGUUGACAUCACGCGGGGAGUGUGGGUGUCAAUUGGAUUCAAGGAACUGGCUAAAUAUUUCGAGGCUGUCCGGCAAGGGGAACUGAGUGAAAAAGAAUUGGAGGAUCUGAAGCGGACUUCCCUUCAACAGAUUCGGACUGCCACACGACAGUAUGGCUCUUCCCAGGUCAAAUGGAUCCGCAAUAAGCUGUGGCGUGCACUCAGCGAAGCUGGUGAGACCCGCCGGCUUUAUCUGUUCGACAGUUCAAAGGUUCAGGACUGGGGCAAAUGCAUCACUGAGCCGUCCGAGAAUAUUGUCCAGUUGAUGCUUCAGAAUGAACCGACUCCUGAUCCCAAAUCCCUUUCUCAGUUGGCAGCAGACGAGUUCGGCGCCAAGGAAGCCCAGGGUCUGGUAAAGAAGGAUGCUAUUGGCAUCUGCUACACCUGCGAUGUCUGUAACAAGACGUUGGCAGGCGACGAACAGUGGAAUGUCCACCUCAAUAGCCAUAUGCAUAAAAGGGGACUCAGGUCUGCGAAGAAGAGAAAAGCCCGCGAUGAAUAUUUCCGACAAAAGGAGCGAGAACAAGAGGCUUCUGAAAAUACCGAGAAGGCCGCACAGGCCGUCGAUGCCUCAUGA